AACGCUCUCGCCCAUAAUCAAGUCGACCAUUCGUGUAAAAGCCAAAUCAACGAGCUGCUCUACAGACUCCACUCUUCCCAUUCGAAUCACAGACAUAGAGGAAGCCAAGAUGGACUCGGCGUUCGUGCUCGCUAGCGAUCCUCGGGUGGAACCUCCCGUUGACAACGAACAGGAAAAGAUCGAACAGCUUAAAGAGGUCGUCUCGAGGAUCCAGGAUCGGAACUACAAGAAACACCGACACGCUUUUAGGGGAACGCAUGUCAAGACUCAGGCGGUCGUCAAGGGUAGACUAGAGGUCAAGGACGGGCUCCCGGAACAUCUAGCUCAGGGCCUGUUUAGCAAAUACAAGACGUACGACAUCGCCAUGCGUUACGCCACUGAGCCCAGCCACAUCCUACCUGAUACGCAAAACGCCCCUCGAGGAAUCGGGAUGCGCAUCUUCGGUGUAGAUGGUGAGAAACUCAAGGAUUCCAACCCGGAGCAAGGCGGGUGGCAUGAUCUUUUUAUGAACAAUGCGCCCAUGCUUGAGCUGAAAGACCUUGACACGACCCUGGAGAUAUUCACCUUGAGGGAAAAGUACUUUGAAAGUCCUCUCAAGUACAACGCGGCGAUCAUGUUGAGAAAGGACGCCUUGACCCAGGCAGCGCCGGGGUUCUUGCCCAACCAGCACCCCAUGUCCUUCACCUUCUACUCCCAAGCGGCCUACACCCACGGACCAUACGUCGCCAAGUACCGCCUCGAACCGAUCUUGGAAUCGCAAAAGGCCUUGUCCUCCAUCAAGCCUACCGAACCGGACGAGAUCAUGCCUAUGCUCGCUCAAUACUUUUCAUCCCACCCGGCCCGGUACUCGCUGGAUGUCCAAAUGUGCAGGGACCUGGACAGACAGCCCGUAGAAGAUACGCAGACCGAGUGGAAAGAGUCUGACAGCCCGUGGGAGACGGUAGCCAUCCUGGAAUUACCUGUCGGACAAGAUUCCGCUAGCGACGAACGGCGAGUGUUUUGGGAAGAUCGGAUGGCGAUCGGACCUUGGGAGGGUCUCAAAGCGCACGUACCCCUAGGAAGCGUGAAUCGAUUGAGAAAGGCGAUCUAUGCGCAUUCGAGGGAGAACAGGCAGGCGAGGAAUGUUACCUCUGUACAGGAUGUCCGCAGGGUAGACGAGAUUCCGUGAGCCGGAGAACGAUGCGACGAAGCAAGUCAAGGAGUAAGCAAAAUUUCGAUCGGUUGCGUACGUUCAUGUAAUAAAGUACAGUAUUGUCAAUGAGUCAACACAAGUUUGAGGAUACCACGCCAGAACCGGACGAUUGGUUGACAGCCGCCUUGCCACCGUCAAGAUCCUAUGAGAAACCUCAAGGCGCC